AUGGGCUGCAAUAAUAGCAAACUCAAGACUCUUGGUGUUGCCACGGGAAGUAAAGGGGCGGAUGAGUUUUACGUACUAGCAACCACCGAAGGGCACCCCGUCGCGCAGAAGUUGUUGGAGGAGUGGGUCCUGUUUGUAGAUGCUCAGGUGCGGCGCAAUGCAGGGGACUCUUCUGCAGCACAGGCUUACGAGACACGUCUCAAAGAGGUCUGGGCUGAUACCGGAAGUUGCCCAGUGACACACCGCUCCGUCGACUAUGUUGGGAAGACGUUUCUCGAAUACAUUAAGCAAGAUUUGUCUCAUCGAGGGUGGGGUGGAAACUUCGACUACAAGGUAGCCGGGGUAGUGACGCAGGGAUUCUUGAAGACGACCGCCAAUAUUGACACGGCAAUCAGCGAAACCCCUGAAGAGGUCCAAUGGGAAAUCAAGAUCCACUACGAUAGUUCUGGGGUGUCCUAG